AUGGCCGACGUACCGCAGUCACCGUCGAAGAGGCGGAUAGGGCCUGAUCAAGGCUUAUGCUCUUCUUCAAAGCGGUCGAGACUAGAAACUGGCACAUGGGCUCUCCGUAAUGAGAGCCAAUUGAGUGAAUCAAAUAGCGAUCACAGAAAUUCAGACGUCAACUCAGCUACCAAAGAGCCCGAACUAGCAACUCGUUCGGAGAUAGCUUCUGAGGGCUCUUCGCCCGAGUUAUCAGACUCGGAUCCAACAUCACCAUCUGCUUCUUCGGGGGACUCGGAUUCUGAGUCCGAAUAUGAGAGUUCGGAUGAAGAGCCAUCUGACGAUGAUGAACAGAUGCAUAACCAAACGAUUCACAUACCUUCAAGGCCUUCUGCCAAUAUUCCAAACAAUUCCGCCCUACGUGCUAGGCUUGCAAGUUUUAUACCGUCUCUGAAAGCCGCGAAUGAAGAUCUUGAGCGAGAAAUUGCAGCUGGAAAGACGAUGACCCUUGAAGUAGACAACGCAGAUAAAGGGAAGGGUCAAUAUAUUGAAAUGAACCUUGGUUUGGGCGUGCUUCAAGAAGGGGAAGAUGAUCAUAUUAGUGAAGGCUCAGAAAGUGGUGACUGCGCCGAAAAGAACACAAAACAGGAGAAAAAUAUUAUUGACAAACUUAUGGGAAAGAAAUCUGUUCCCAGAAAACCGAAUAUUGAAGAGGUAGACUCUUGA